CAUGUGAACAGAGUCCUUGUAAGAAACAAGGACACUGAAUAUGAAUGCCAGCUUUUAAAAAGGGGGAACUACAAUACAAGGUACUGGAUGAAGAAUGGGAGAAAACCGGAAAAGACAAAAGCUUCAGAAUGUUCCACAAAUUCCUUGCAUUCAAGUCCCUCCCUCUGCCUGUGACACUUCCUUACUGAAGGACCUAACCCGAGGGCAACAGCGCUAUUUUUACAGCAUCAUGAGAAUUUACAACCCCAGGCCCCAGUGGGAGGCCCUGCAGAGACGCUAUAUUCACAGCCUUGGGCAUCAGCAGCUGGUUGGCUAUAUUACUCAACGGGAAGCCUUGUCUUAUGCUGUUGUACUUAGAGAUUCAACCAAGAGAGCCUCAGUCAAGGUAGCUCCUCAAAGAAUCAUUACCCAGAAAUCUUCGGCCAUGACAAAAAAACGUCGGUCAGUACUACCUGUGUCUGUGGUUCUACCCAUGGCCCAAAGUACAGGGUGCUGAACCCUCAGGAACUGAGACUUGGGAACAUUCUCUGAAAGGGGCAGUUUGCCCGUGUAUUUCUGGCAUCUAGUGGGUGCUUAGUGCAUAUAGUUUAAUAACAAUAAUUUCUAAUAUUAACCCCAGACCUAAAAA